AUGGAGCGUCUCAAGUUAGUCCUGCAGUACUUCCAGUCCAACUCCGAGUCCAUCUCCAAUGGAAUCUGCAUCAUUCUGGCCCUGGUCAGCGUCAAACUCUACACCAGCUUCGACUUUAACUGCCCGUGUCUUCCUCAGUACAACAAACUGUACUCUCUAGGAGUGAUGACUGUCCCUCCUAUUAUACUGUUCUUUCUGGGGGUCCUUGUCAACCGACAUACAGGCGUCAUGAUGGACGAGUGGAUGAGGCCCAUUGGGAAUAGAUCCAAAAAUCCUGCGGUGGUUAAGUACCUGUUCUCUGCCAUGAUCCAGAGGGCAUUACUGGCACCAAUGGUUUGGAUCCUUGUGACUUUAUUGGACGGAAAGAUCUUCAUCUGUGCCUUCAGUGUCAGUGUAGACCCUGCACUCUUCCAAGGCUUGCCCAACAACACAGGUCUGGAUGUGAUCAAAAUCAUGGCCAAAGUGCCUUGCAGGGAGGAUGUUAUCUUCAAGAACAGCUCUUUCCGCAAAGCAGUAUCUCGGUAUGUUCGCUGCUAUUCACAGGCAGUUGGCUGGUCCAUCCUCCUGUUCCUGAUUGUGCUGGGGGCGAUGGGACGCCUUAUCAAGCCCUGCUUCGACGACCACGCGACCUUCCUGCAGACUCGCUACUGGAGCAACUACCUCGAUGUGGAGCAGAAGCUCUUUGAUGAAACCUGCGUCCUGCAUGCUCGGGACUUUGCCCGGAAAUGCGUAGUGCAGUUCUUUGAGGACAUGAGGGAGGACACUGUACUCUAUCUGCCCCACCCACCCUUCAUCACAAACUUCAGAGAGGAUUGGGAGGAGGAAGAAGAGGAGAGACUUCAUGGAAUAACGAAGCAGGAGCAGGUGGACCAGCUGCUUAACAAGUGGUACUACAGCAAACCUGAACUGGACGUGACCAGGAUUUCCCACAGACCCAAGACUUGUGUUACCUGGGAGGACCGUGAGGGGAACACUUUAUACUCGGAUGUCUGAAACACCCUCGACAGUGUGUAACUGCACCAUGAAUCAUUAA